AUGGGUACUAAGGAUAAUAGUAAUGUUACGUCUCUUAAAGGUGGCAGGAUUGGGCCAUGGAUGCUAGGGGAGACUCUUGGAGUUGGUAGUACUGGAAAGGUGUUGAUGGCGCAAAAUGUGCAAACAGGUCAGAUUGCAGCAGUUAAAAUUAUAUCUAAAUCUAUUUUUAAUGCUCAGGGGUCAACUUUUGUAGGGUCGAAUGAUCCGGACGUUUUACCGUAUGGUAUUGAACGAGAGAUCACGAUUAUGAAGUUGUUGAACCAUCCUAAUGUGUUGCGGUUGUAUGAUGUGUGGGAAACAUCAACAGAUUUGUAUAUGGUGUUAGAGUAUGUUGAGAAGGGCGAGUUAUUUAAUUUGCUUAUUGAAAGAGGGCCUUUGCCGGAAAAUGAGGCUGUGAGGUUUUUCAGGCAGAUUAUUAUAGGUAUCUCCUACUGCCAUGCUUUAGGGAUUGUGCAUAGAGAUUUGAAGCCGGAGAAUCUGUUAUUAGAUCAUAAGUUCAAUAUCAAACUGGCAGAUUUUGGGAUGGCUGCAUUAGAAUCAAAGGACAAGUUGUUGGAAACUUCUUGUGGAUCGCCGCAUUAUGCUGCACCAGAAAUUGUAUCUGGUUUACCGUAUCAUGGGUUUGAGAGCGAUGUAUGGUCGUGUGGUGUAAUAUUAUAUGCUUUGUUGACUGGUAGGUUGCCGUUUGAUGAAGAUGAUGGCAAUAUCAGGAAGUUGUUGUUGAAGGUGCAAAGUGGAGAGUUUGAAAUGCCUGAUAAAGACGAAAUCUCUAUAGAGGCACAAGAUUUAAUAGCAAAAAUUUUAACUGUUGAUCCAAGUGGAAGGAUUAAAACAAGGGAAAUAUUGAAGCACCCAUUGUUAAAAAAGUACCCAAGUAUCAAGGACUCAAAGUCUAUUAGAAAUUUACCUCGUGAAGACACUUAUUUGAAUCCCCUGGAUCACAACGAUGGGACAGUUGACCGUACAAUCUUAAAGAAUUUAGUGGUGUUGUGGCAUGGAAGGGAUGAGAAUGAAAUAGUAAUGAAGUUGAAUGAACAAGGACCUAAUUUAGAGAAGACCUUCUAUGCUUUGUUACAUCGCUUUAAAUAUGAGAAUGAGCAGCAGCAACUAAAGCAACAACAAAUUGCGAAAAGAAUCUCAUCCGCUUCUUCUUCCCCACAAAGAAAUAUAGUGAAAUCUUCUUCGCGGAGAUCUAUCAAUCAAAUUCUUGUUACUCCGAAGAAGAAAAGAAGCUCGGGAAUUAAUGUUUCGUCAGCCCAUAAACGACCGGUGUCUAUUCAAAAGUGGGGGGAGAUUGGCGGCGGAAACAAUGGGUUGAUUUCACCUUCAAAGAAGAGGUCUCUAUCUAACAGGAAACUUUCUGCAAUUUUAAAUACUCCAUCAUCUUCUCCGUCAAGGAAGAGGAUGUCAAUAGCCCAGGAUGCUCCACCAAUGCCUACCUCUGUACUACGUGACUACAAUAAGCGCGCGUCGAGAAACAGUAAGAGAUUUUCCUUUUUACCUUCGAUUAAAAGACAAUCAAUUACCAGUAAGAUCAUUGCGACAUAUGCCAAAUUAUCCGAGGACAAUGAUUGGGAAUAUAUUGACAAAGAGGCCAAGAGAACUAGUUCUGAUUUCGCAACUUUAAUUGAUAAUAUUUUCGAACACGAAAAGUACGAACAGAUCAGAAGAGAGAAGGAAGGACUAGAGAGGAAAGUAAGGGAAGCAAAGGCGAGAGAAGCUCGUGAACGCAAGGAACGCGAAGAACGUAAGCAGCGAGAGGAACGUGAGAGAGAAGAACGCAGAGCUCUCGAACGUAAGGAACAGGAAGCUCGUGAGCGCGAGGAAAUGGAGGAUGAAGAGCAGCUUAGACUGGAAGAAGAUGAACAAGAGAUCUUGAGGCAAGAAGAGCUACAAAGAAGUCUCGAAGAUGAAGUGGCUAAGUUAAGGGCUGAACUUGAGGAAACACGUGUGGAGCAACAGCUCAAUUCUAUGAGUAAAAACCAAGUAGCUCGCCGUUCUGUUUCUGAACCCCACAAGAGACACUCUUCCACUAGCAAAAGAGACUCAUUGCUUGCAUUGCAAUACAGUAUUAAUACAGUUUUAAACAAGCGUGCAGUUUCAGUCCAAACUAGGCCAAUCUCUAGAUUAGAUCCUGGAAUCAUGGCGCAGGAAGUUGCUCAUGAACUAGAUUAUGAUGAUGAGGAGAUCUUGAGUGAAAGGACAUUGAGAAGAGAGAAGACUAUAUUAGAAACUAUAAGAAGGUCUAACUUUUUGGGAUCACAAUUUGACAUUCACAAGGAAUUGAAAAAUGCGAAAAAGGAAAAAAUCGAGAAAGCUAAGAAACGUAAGCAACUAAACAGGAAGUUACCAGAUAGAAUAUCUUAUCAUGAUCAAAGAUUUGUAUCCGAUGGUACUACUAUUACUUCUGCACAUGAUGGCUAUGAUACAACAUCACUUACGAGACAUACAACUGUUGGCGUAUUGCGUGAUGAUGAAUCUGAACCAAAAAAGUUAUCUGAAGUUAGGAUUCCAGAAGUCACUCGACGUUCCAGACAUUUAAGUGCCUCUAGCAAGCGGUUUUCAGUUCUUUCAAUGUAUUCGACAAUGACUUCGUAUACUAAUUUGGCGGAUUUCAUGAAAAGCGAUGUUCAAUUAAAGCCUUUAAAUGACACUGCUAGUUCAAAAGUUACUCAGCAACCUGAAUUCAUGUUUGAAAGCACAAUUGACAAUGUUGAAAGAAUAUCUUCAAAUGAUAAUUCACACAUUAGUUCGAUGGAGGCGCCUAACAACACGGUUAUAAAAUUGAAUUAUGCAGACAGAUUCUAUAAGCCCGUUGAAGUCAUUGAAUUGGACGAUACGGAUAACACACAACCUGAUACCGAAGAAGAUAUUACCAAGGUUAAACUACCCGCUUUACCACCUUUGGAAAAGUUAAACAAAUCUCCGAAUGGCUUAGGUAUUUACCAGCAUUCAUCCCCAAGAGAAGACUUUAAACAUGCAGUCAGAUCGGUGACUCCAAACGAAAACAAAGAAAACGAAGAUCCAGCUGGCACGACUCAACAAAAAGCACCUCUAACCUCCGUGGGGAAAGAACUCGGCAUUCGGGAGCCUUUGACAGACCUUGCGCAGCAGGGAGUUCCUAAAAAGAGGCCAUCCUUUUUUAGGAAGUUUUCCAAAGAAAAGAUAAAACCUGAAUAUGAUUACCAACUUGAUACAACUGUUAAUAAUACGAAGAUGUUUAGGGCUUUAGAUAAGCUGCUCAAUGGCUGGACCAGUUAUGGAUUAAAACAAGUGAGAAGCAGCCCUUCUGUAUCUAUGAUCACUGGAAAGCUAUCAAGUGAUAAUAUAUUAUCUCUGAGGUCCACUGCGUUUCAAGUCGUUGUGGCUGGUUCAAAUCACGGAUCGAGUGUUAGAUUUACAAAGAAAUCAGGCUCCAAAAAGACAUUUGCUAGAUUAGUCAAUGAAAUCGAGAAGAUACUGGAGAAGGAAAAAGUUUUAAUUUCAACCAACUAA